AUGUACUCUUCUUCCCAGACUGCUACCAGGAGCUCAUCAAAUAAAUCAAAUUCCAGUUUUGAUGAACUGGGUUGGGUCAUUCAAAUACGUCGAACACUUGAUGAAGAGCUUGAAGACGAUACAGGAGUGCCAGUAUGCAUCUUCAAUGUCCCCAAAACUCUAUUAGCUAACAAGCCAGAUUGCUACAUUCCUCAAGAAGUUGCAAUUGGCCCAUACCACCCCUGGCGUUCGGAGCUCUAUGAGAUGGAGAGGUUCAAGGUUGCUGCUGCCAAAAGAACUCAAAAACAAUUCAUCCAAACCCUUAAAUUCCACAACCUUGUGGAUCGAUUGAUGAAACAUGAGACGAGAAUCCGUGCUUGUUUCCACAAGUACCUGCAUUUCAACGGUGAAACCCUAGCAUGGAUGAUGGCAGUUGAUGCUUGCUUCUUGCUUGAAUUCCUCCAAGUUUAUGCCAUCAAAGAAGGCAAAUUUGCUUUCAAUGGUGAAAUCCUGUCCACAAUGUCUCAUUUGAUGGACUAUGCAGGAAGGAAAUCGGCUCAUAAUGCUAUCCUUAGAGAUUUAAUGAUGCUCGAGAAUCAAAUUCCUCUCUUCAUAUUGAGGAAAAUCUUGGAAGUUCAGUAUUCAUCUUUGGAGGAAGCCGACGUUUUACUGCAUUCCAUGUUAAUGGGUUUAUGCAAAGAGCUUACUCCGUUCAAGAUGAUAGAAGACUUCCCCAACAUCAAAGUCACCGAUUGUGCACAUUUGCUUGAUUCUUUGUACCAAAUAUUUGUGCCCAAAUCUGAAGAACAAUUCGAAAUCACCACCGAAGCCCCUGAAGAUCAAAAUCCUUUUCCAAUCGAUGAAAACAGGGGAGAAGAAAAAUUCGAGAAGGAUUCAAGUGAUGUGAAGAAGCUCUUGAAUGCAAUAUGGAGCUUGCUAUCCAAAUUAAACAAAGCCCCGGUAAGUUUCAUUAAAAGGGUAUUACUUUCAAGGCCAGUUAAGUUACUGUUUAAAUUACCUUGGACAAUUAUCACUCGUCUUCCUGGGUUUUCAAUCUUAAAACAACCUGUUGAGUAUCUUUUCUUCAAUGAAGAUAAAGAAGAAAUCAAACCCGAAAACGGAAGUUCGAAUUCGAUGGGCAAUAACAAGCCUCCUUUAUUAGAGGAGAUCACUAUCCCUUCAGUGAGUGAACUCUAUAAUUCAGGUAUCAAAUUUGUAGCCACUAAAGGGGAUAUCACCAGCAUUAGCUUUGAUGCAAAAUCAUUCACAUUUAAACUCCCUAGUGUUAGUUUAGAUGUUAACACUGAAGUGGUAUUAAGAAACUUGGUUGCAUAUGAAGCAUCAAAUGCAUCAGGACCAUUGUUUUUUACGCGAUAUAUCGAAUUAAUGAAUGGGAUUAUAGAUACUGAAGAGGAUGUCAAAGUGCUUAGAGAGAAAGGUAUUGUGUUGAACCAUUUGAAGAGUGAUAAAGAGGUAGCUGACCUGUGGAAUGGGAUGAGUAAGUCAGUAAGAUUAAACAAAGUACCCUUCUUGGAUAAGGUGAUUGAAGACAUAAACAAGUACUACAGUGGGAGAUGGAAGGUUAAAGCUAAGAAAUUUUUCAAGAGUUAUGUGUUAGGUUCAUGGCAAUUCCUGACAUUCUUAGCAGCUAUUCUGCUCUUGUUGUUAACCACUCUGCAAGCUUUUUGUUCGGUAUAUAGCUGUGCUCGUGUUUUUCAUAUCAGCACAACAACUGGAUGA